AGCCAGACUCGAGCACCUCGCGGGGGCUUAUCGCUGCUCGUUCGGAGGGCAACAUGAGGAGCCCGUACCCACCGGUGAAGUGUCUCAUCCUCCGCGCGCAUCUGCUGUUGCUGCCUCUCGCGUUCUUCCUCGACACUUCUCGUGGGAUGCCACACGUUUUGAGAUUCGGAGGGAUCUUUGAAUCAAUAGAGAGCGGUCCGUCUGGGCCAGAAGAACUUGCCUUUAAGUUCGCCCUGAACACCAUCAACAGAAACCGUACACUACUGCCCAACACCACACUCACAUAUGACAUCCAGAGAAUCAAUGUCUUCGACAGCUUUGAAGCCUCCAGGAAAGCCUGUGAUCAACUCUCAUUGGGUGUGGCAGCCAUCUUUGGCCCCUCCCACAGCUCCUCGGCCAAUGCGGUGCAGUCGAUCUGCAACGCCCUGGGCGUGCCGCACAUCCAGACGCGCUGGAAGCACCAGGUGUCGGACAACCGGGACGCCUUCUACACCAGCCUCUACCCGGACUUCAGUUCUCUCAGCCGGGCCAUCCUGCACCUGGUCAACUUCUUCAAGUGGAGGACCGUCACCGUGGUGUACGACGACAGCACAGGGUUCUUCUCCACAGGGCUGAUUCGGCUGCAGGAGCUGAUCAAGGCUCCGUCGCGCUACAACAUCCGUCUGAAGAUUCGUCAGCUGCCCGCCGAGACCAAGGACGCCAAGCCCUUGCUCAAGGAGAUGAAGAAGGCCAAGGAGUUCCAUGUCAUCUUCGACUGCGGACAUGAGAUGGCUGCUUGGAUUCUCAAACAGGCUCUCUCCAUGGGCAUGAUGACAGAGUACUAUCACUUCAUAUUUACCACGCUGGAUCUGUUUGCGCUGGACAUGGAACCGUACCGCUACAGUGGCGUGAACAUGACGGGCUUUAGGAUCCUGAACACGGAGAGCACGCAGGUCACCUCCAUCAUUGAGAAGUGGUCCAUGGAGAGACUGCAGGCGCCGCCCAAACCGGACUCCGGGCUGCUGGACGGCUUCAUGACGACGGACGCUGCUCUGAUGUAUGACGCGGUGCACGUAGUGGCCGUGGCCGUGCAGCAGACGCAGCAGAUGACCGUCAGCUCCCUGCAGUGCAACCGCCACAAGCCCUGGCGCUUUGGCGGCCGCUUCAUCAGCCUCAUCAAAGAGGCCCAGUGGGAUGGCCUCACUGGUCGGAUCCUCUUCAACAAAACCAACGGUCUCCGCACAGACUUUGACCUGGACGUCAUCAGUCUGAAGGAGGAGGGACUGGAAAAGAUUGGAACGUGGGAUCCUCUAAACGGCUUGAAUAUGACUGAGAGCCACAAGGGCAAAGGUUCCAGCAACGUCACAGACUCGCUGGCCAACAGGUCCCUGAAGGUCAUCACCAUAUUGGAGGAGCCGUAUGUCAUGUUUAAGAAGUCAGACAAGCCUCUGUAUGGCAAUGACCGCUUCGAGGGCUACUGCAUUGACCUUCUGAGAGAGCUGUCGACCAUCUUGGGCUUCCGCUACGAUAUCCGAUUGGUGGAGGACGGGAUGUAUGGGUCUCUGGAGGAGAGCAGUGGCCAAUGGAACGGCAUGGUCCGGGAGCUUAUAGAUCAUAAAGUGGACCUGGCGGUGGCCCCCCUGACCAUCAGCUACGUGCGGGAGAAGGUCAUCGACUUCUCCAAGCCUUUUAUGACAUUGGGGAUAAGUAUUCUCUACCGCAAGCCCAACGGCACCAACCCCGGCGUCUUCUCCUUCCUCAACCCACUCUCGCCCGACAUCUGGCUGUAUAUUCUGCUCGCUUGCUUGGGUGUCAGUUGCGUGCUGUUUGUCAUUGCCAGGUUCAGCCCAUAUGAGUGGUACAACCCACACCCUUGCAACCCAGACUCGGAUGUGGUGGAGAAUAACUUUACUCUACUCAACAGCUUCUGGUUCGGAAUCGGAGCGCUCAUGAGACAAGGUUCGGAGCUGAUGCCUAAGGCCCUGUCCACGCGGAUUGUCGGCGGGAUCUGGUGGUUCUUCACCCUCAUCAUCAUCUCGUCAUACACAGCCAAUCUGGCCGCCUUCCUGACCGUGGAGCGCAUGGAGUCGCCCAUCGACUCGGCCGACGACCUCGCCAAGCAGACCAAGAUCCUCUACGGCCUGGUGGAGGGAGGGGCCACCAUGACCUUCUUUAAGAAGACGAAGAUCUCCACCUAUGAUAAGAUGUGGGAGUUCAUGAACAGCCGGCGGCAGUCGGUGGUGGUGAAGAGUGUGGACGAGGGCAUCCACCGCGUGCUCACCUCGGACUACGCCUUCCUCAUGGAGUCCACCACUAUCGAGUUCGUCACGCAGCGCAACUGCAACCUCACGCAGAUAGGGGGCCUCAUUGACUCUAAGGCCUACGGAGUCGGCACGCCCAUGGGCUCUCCGUACCGGGACAAGAUCACCAUAGCCAUCCUGCAGCUGCAGGAGGAGGGCAAGCUGCACAUGAUGAAGGAGAAGUGGUGGCGUGGGAACGGCUGCCCUGAGGAGGACAGCAAGGAGGCCAGUGCCCUGGGCGUGCAGAACAUCGGCGGCAUCUUCAUCGUGCUCGCCGCCGGCCUCGUGCUCUCCGUCUUCGUCGCCGUCGGCGAGGUGCUCUACAAGUCCAAGCAGAAUGCCAACGUCGAGAAGAAGUCCUUCUGCAGCGCCAUGGUGGACGAGAUCCGCACGUCCCUCAAGUGCCAGCGGCGUCUCAAACAGAAGCCGCAGCCGCCUGUCAUCGUCAAGACCGAGGAGGUCAUCAACAUGCACACCUUCAACGACCGACGACUGCCCGGCAAGGAGACCAUGGCAUGAAGGACGAACCAUAAUCCUGUCCCACCCCCAACCGAACCCCCCCCCCCCCGACCCACCCAGUCCAGGGCCACACAGUCCUCCACCCCCAUAGCAACACCCCCACCUCCUGAGUCUACCAGUGACCCCUCUGUCUCCCCCUACACGCCUUACCCACAUACACACCAACACCAUGUAGCCCUCAGCACGCAGGUGAUGGUGACGUAGCCAAUCAGGCGUCCUGAACAUCCACCUCCAAACCUUGAACCUUGAACCUCCAAUCAGGUCUCUUGAGCCUCCACCUUCCAUGCAGUAAGUAGCUGAUGACCAGUGCCCUGGGUGAGUCCCAAAUCACCCACUCGCACCCUCGCCACCUUGCCCCCCUGCAGAGGAACUGACCGCCUGUUUCCUGUGGAAAUGCCGUCGUCUGGGCUUGGAUUUACGACCAUAGGAGAAUGAGGUGGGGGGUCCAAAUUCAGACCGUGUACUCCCCUGGGAAGAAAUAAUGGAAUGUACAUUUGCAACGGGUGUAACUGAUAUUGUAAUUGACAUUGGGAUAUACACCCAAUAACAUAUUGUAGAUAUUGGGGUCUACACCCAGUAUUACAUAUAUUAGGGAUAUUGGGGUCUACACCCAAUAUUGAAGAUGUUGUGGACACUUGGAUCUUGGAUAUUAAAGAUGUGGGGAUACUGGGAUCUACACCUGAUAUUGCGGAUCUUCUUUAGAUCUGAGCUUCUGUGACACUCCAAAGGAUAAUGGUAGAAUGAACAAUUUAGAGAUGGAGGCCUUGCAGUUCAUCAAGGACUGAGCGUUGUCAUGGCAACUCCACGACGAGUGGCAGCGCGUCAAUAUGAUGACACACACUGGCUCGAACAUUUCCUGUAGGCGUUGUCUAAAUGAACUAAGGCAACUGGUGCCAUAGAAACCUGUGAUUCAAAGCUGCCUGUAACUGUUUUUUUGUUGUUGUUUUUUUAAAGGAGGCAGUGAACUGUAAAUUACUGACACACACAAACACACUCCUUAUGUCCAGACCUCUGCCCUGCCAGAACAGGCAAUGGGCCACCGCGCUGCAAUGCAUCCUGGGACAUAGGCAGUGCAGAAAUGGAACAUGUCUAAAUUUAAAUGUCUUUUGUUAAUCUACUUGCGUUUGCCUUAUUUGGCUGAUUUGUUAGUAAUUGUUUUUGUGUCGCUCAGACUUGUAAGCUUGUUGCUUCUGGAUGCCCGUAUACUGGGUUCAAAAGAAAAGACUGCAUUGGACAUAAAUAUCUGCCAGACCUGACGCCCAACGAGAAUGUGUCUGUCCAUCACUGUAUGUAGACAUCAGGCAUGGGGAAAUGAUGUGCUUGUUUUGUUUAUUUUAUUUCUGUGAUGUGAAGGAGUCUCAGCGUCCUUUCUUGUUGAGGUUCUCUUACUUUUUCAGUCAUUUCUUUUCUGGGGGGUUGAGGAUUUCUACAGAAGAUGACUUUUUUUCUACAAAGGCUAAUUUUUGUAGUUCUUUCUAUUAGUGUGAUGCACACCCAGACACAUACACACACACGUACAGACCUGGACACACUGGACCUUCAGAUAAACAUCUGUGGCUCAGUCUAUACAGACACAGCUACACACACACACACACACACACACACACACACACACACACACACACACACA